GUUGAACCGUCGCGGGUGUGAGUUGCAUGCAGGAGCAACUCGCCCGCAUCCACCCACCAGCGCAUUUUUCAACUGGAGCGAUGCCGAUCAACUCGUCCGCGCUUGUGUCGAUCACGGUCGACGGCCAGGUCACUGAGAUCGCGUGGGGCGACCUCGUCGCGCAGGUCACGGCCCACUCGGCGCCCACCGACUCGGUGGAUCUCUUUUGGCUCGUCUUUGGCGGCAUCCUCGUUUUCAUGAUGAUGCUCGGCCUCGCUCUACUCGAGAUCGGAUGCGUCGGGACGAAGAACACCAAGCACAUUAUGUUUCGUAUUCUCGGCGACUGCUGCAUCACGGGCUUGACGUACUACACCCUCGGCUACGGGUUUGCCUUCAUGGGCGGCAACGGGUUCAUUGGGAGCGCGGGCUUCUUCAUGUCUGGGGAGGAUUUCAUCCAGGCCACCGACGACAAGCUCUUCCGCGGCCACCACUACGCCGACUGGUUCUUCCAAUGGGCCGUAGCGUCCGUCGCCGUCAACAUUUGCUCGGGCGCGAUCGCCGAACGCGUGUCCUUGGCUGCUUACUUCUGCUACACGUUCGUCGCGAGUUUGUUUAUCUUCCCCGUUUGCGCCCACUGGAUCUGGUCGGAAACUGGGUGGGCCAGCGCCUUCAACGCGCACAACCCACUCUUCCAAGUAGGUGCCAUGGACUUUGCCGGCACGGGCGCCCUUCACAUGUUUGCCGGGAUUUCGGCCUUGGUCGGAUGCAUUCUCGUCGGCCCCCGCCUUGGCCGCUUCGGCCCGAACGCUGUCCCUCUUCCCAAGCAAUCGGUGCUUUUCCAGUUCAUGGGGGUGAUGCUGCUCUGGUUUGGCUGGUACGGGUUCAACUGUGUCAGCACUCUCAGCUUGGAAGGCACUAAGGCGGACGCGAUGGCCAAAGUCGCCGUGAACCUCACGUUGUCUGCGAGCACUGGCGGCAUUGUGACCGUGCUGCUCACGUACUGGAGCCACAAGGUUUGGGACAUUGAAGCCGGCAACAACGGCGUUCUCGCGGGCUGCGUGGCGGUCACGGGAUGCUGUCCAGUCAUCGAGCCGGCCGUCGCGAUCGCGCUCGGGGCUAUCGGGUCGGUUGUGUACGUCAGUGUGGCCAAGCUGGUCGCCAAGCUCGAGAUCGACGACGCGGUGGACGCUGUCCCGGUCCACUUUGGAUGUGGGCUGCUUGGCAAGAUUGCGCCGGGAUUUGUCGCCUCUCCAACCGGCGUCAAGAUGUUUUACGGGUCCGACUCGUGCGGCGUCUUUUACGGGUGCAGCGCCGGCGGCAAGCAGCUGGGCGCCCAACUCGUGUACGCGUUGGCGAUCUUUGCGUUUGUGGCGGCGACUGUCGCCGCCGUCUUCAUCGCCGUGCGCCAAUUUGGCGCGCUCCGCGUGUCGGCCGAAGCAGAGAAAAUGGGGCUGGACGCGUAUGAGCAUGGGGGGCCGGCAUACGACCACGAUGGCGACGGCACGAACUCGACCACCGAUGGACUCAACGGAGACGACUUUCUGCACGUCAAGACGCCGUCCCAAGUGUAGGUCCGAUCGAAAUAGAGUCCGUUUGAAUUGUGCAUGGACGGCUCUCAACAUGUGCAAGCACAGCAUUUUUUGCAAUGAUGAUGUACAACAUGCCCGUUGUGUGCUGGA